UACUCUUCCUAAUCCACCCCCCCCCCCACCCUUUAAAGAGCAAGAGAAGGAGAGGCAACAAAAAACACGACCUGACCUUCGACGCGGUCGCGGCGCUUUGGAGAGAGGUUGGUUGGACGCGGCGCGGCUGCUUAGGCUUCGCAGGCGCAGCGCACCGGACGCCAGGAUCAGUUGCUCGGCUACCACGCGCACGGAACCAUCGUCGUCUGCAAACAGCCCACCCGAAGGGAUCAAACGGCCACCAGGAAAAUGACCACGCACCUGCAGGCUGAACGCAAGCGGAACACGGGGUCGCCGUGGCCCUGGCUGCACGUCGGGCUGCUCGGGCUGAUUGUGCUCUGUGUCGUGGGCUCGCUGCUGACGCCAUGCGACGGUGCCGGUCGUCCCGCUUCCCUAGCGGACAGUCCAGUGUACUUCGGGGGCAUCGUACCAGCGAACGGGCGCUUCGGCAAGAAGAUCCAACACUUUCCCAACACGGACCGCUCGCUGCAUCCUUUGCCGGCCAAGGAUCGCGAACUCCACCACGCAGAACGUGAUCGUGCCGACGAUGCCUAGCACGACCAGUAUGAGCAGCUGCACGUGCAGCCCGCAGUAGGAGGAGUAGACGAAGCUGGCGGCAGCAGCCACCG